CCGCGGAGCCUCUUUCGCGCCGGGCGCGGCUUCCCUGCCUUCCUCCGUCUCCUUCCUCAAAUGGCGUUCAGGCGCGUCGUGGCCGUGACGGCCGCCGCCGCCGCUUGCGGGCUGGCGGGAGGCUCCGUCCUCUUCUCCGCCUUGCCGGUGGGCAAGCAGAAACUGGACAAGGCCGGCGGGGAGGCUCCGUCCGGCGGCGGCGACGUUUCCUCAGCUGCUCCGCCGCGGCUGCUGCUUCUCCCUUCGCCGGCGACCUCGGGCCCCGCCACGGCGCCUGCCUGGCUCGAGAAGCCCAACUGCUCCGGCUAUUGGGACAGCAACUGGGACAGGAGAGAACCAUUGGCUCUUAUGAACCUGAAGAAGAAAAACCAAGAGACUGGAGAGGAAGAGGUUUCAUCUCGCCUAGCCCACUACAAAGCAAAAGCUACCAGGCACAUAUUCCUCAUACGUCAUUCUCAGUACAAUACAGAUGGGCGAAAUGAUAAAGACAGAAUUCUGACACAGUUGGGCCGUGAGCAAGCUGAGUUGACGGGGAAAAGACUUGCAAGCUUGGGACUGAAAUUUGAUACAAUAGUAUAUUCUACUAUGACCAGAGCAACUGAAACAACCAACAUCAUCAGCAAAUAUUUUCCUGGGGUGACGAAAGUGGGCACUGAUCUGCUGCGUGAGGGAGCUCCAAUUGAACCAAAUCCUCCUGGCUGUCACUGGAAGCCAGAAGCUGUGCAGUAUUACGAGGAUGGGGCUCGCAUUGAAGCUGCCUUCCGAAACUACAUUCACAGGGCUGAUGUAAAGCAGGAAGAGGAUAGCUAUGAAAUCUUUGUCUGUCAUGCCAAUGUUAUUCGUUACAUCGUUUGCAGAGCAUUACAGUUUCCUCCUGAAGGUUGGCUUCGGAUAUCCCUCAACAAUGGCAGCAUCACGCACUUGGUAAUCCGUCCCAGUGGCAGAGUGGCGCUUCGAGUGCUUGGUGACACAGGGUUUAUGCCUCCUGAGAAAAUCACACGCAACUGAGUGAGCCUUUCUGGAGCUGCCUGUAGACUUUCUGCACCAGUGCAGCUAUGGUAGGAUAUUGAGUACUCAACAAAUGCCUACUCUCCCAACACCCCUGCUUCAUUCCUAUGUGAACAGGGAGGCCUGUUCAACCUAAGAAAAAUGCACACUCUUGUCUUGGUGCAGUUGGCACAUUCCACCAAGCACUGCUGCUGUGCAGCCUCUGCUCAUGUGGCUGCAGUGUUGGACUUGCCUGGAUCUCCUGUGCACCAUUACACUGAAUGGAGACUUUGCAGCAGUACUUAAUGGAAUGAAAAACCUAAAGUCAGAAUCCACCUAUUGAGCUCAUAUGAUAGUACCACUUACCUGGGCUGCAAUAGGAAAACACCUGUGGUUUCUAACCAAAGCAUAUUCCUAUGGGCAGAGGAUAUUGCAAGCUUGUAAGGCCAUUCUCUUUCAUCAGUAAUUUAGACAUUUAUGUUGGUCCCUAAAUACUAACGUUGGAUCAAAAAUAGCUGGUGUACAGUGGUUUCAGCAAUUGCUAUGUGGUUGAAUUUCAGUAACAGUAGAAAGCGGUUUCCUUCUGAUGCCUCUCAUACAGCUAUGGACUACAUGUUGCAAAGGAUGGGAAGUGAAAAUGUGCACCUUUUGGUGAAAAUGAAAGAGAGGUAGGUAGUGUUCAGACAAACCUUCUCACAGUAGAGACCAUCUCAAAGAAAAACAUAUUCUGCUCUUCUUUCCCUCAGCCCUAUCUACUUAUUUGGUCUUUUAUACAAGUGAGGUUUUGUCCCUUACCUUACAAGCAGCCCCCUUUCACAAGUAUAGACACUUAAAUUGAACCAUUCCCAUGCUUCUGUCAUUUGCAAUUGUUAUGGCUGACUGCUUGUCAUUUUGUCAUCACCUGCCCUGAGGCAAAUGACAUCUGGAAACACUUAAGUGCUAAAUAAAACCAACUUAAAAGUGAGUCCUAUCAUUCACAUCCCUGAGCAUAGCCCAUAAUAUUUCUUCAGCAUGCUGAGGUUAAUAUUUCUUAUUUCUAAAUCAUAAGAGCAUAAUAUUUCAAAAUGCAUUUGGAAUGGAAUACUUGGCAGGUAGCUGCUACUUCAAAGCACAUGCAGUGCUUCCAAUGAAACUUGUUACCUAGCCAAUUAUAUGGUUGCAAGCAAAUGUUCCAGAAAAAGGGUGGGCAGGGCAUUGAGACUGUACUCCUAGAAAGUGGUGUUGUCUGUCUUUCUGUCUGCAGGGAAUUAAGUUAUUCUUAUCUGUCUCUGUAAAAUAUCUGAAAAAAAUAAAGGUUUAUUGACUUUCA